AUGCCGCAGGUUUUUGGCGCUACUUCUUUUUCCGACGAGGAUGGUCCGGAUGGUGAUGGGUGUGAUGCCGCCGAUGGAGAGAGCGAUGCAGGUGAGCCCAUCCCGCCCAACAGGAAGGCGGCGGAUGAGCUCUUGGAAGAAGAGGAAUUUUGGACCAAGGCCCAGGAGGCUUUGGAAGAUCGUGGUCGCCGAGAACGCUUGCUGAAGUUCAUGAAGAAACACCGCUUCAAGGAUGUGAACAGCAGCAGCGGCUGGUUCUUUAACUUUCGAUUUCCACUCCAUGCUGCUGUGGCGGACAACGAUGCGGAAAUGGUCCGGAUCCUGCUUCACUUUAAAGCCAAGACCAAGCUGAAGGAUGCGUCUGGAUGGUCAGCGCGGCAGCUUGCCCGAAAGCGGAACUUGAACGGCUCCCACGACACCGUCCUGCAGAUCUUGAAUGAGCAUGCCAUGGCCAGGCGAAAGAAGGCUGCAGCUCGGCGCGCGGCACGUGAAGCCAAGCACCACGGAGGAAGCACAUUCGUGGAAUUGGAAGGCCAGAACGAGGAGAGCAAGGUCCAGGCAAAGAAGGACGAAGAGUCCCCCGAAGGCAUUUGA